AUGGACGAAGAUUUAUUGCUAAGUUUUUCGGAUGAUGCACGCCCAGCUUCAGAAGAAUGCAGCCUUUUGGACAUGAACAAGAGCCUGCAAAAGCAGCUGCACGUCGAGUACUUGUGCCUGGCAGACAGGCUGGAGAAGCUGGUGUCCCUUCGCAGGCAGCUAAAGGAUUUUAAGAAGAAAAGAAGAAAGAAGGCGUGGGCAGCAAUCGGGCUGAAAAAAAGCGAGUAUCACUCCGUGCCGGCUGAAGACACAGUAGAAGAGGUCCUUUCUCCUGCCUCAAGGGAGGUGAUCGCACAGAUAGAAGGAUAUCUGGCGUCGCGUGGGAUGUCUUUUCUCAGCAUAGACAGCAAAGCAUGGAAGAGCAUUUCCGUCCAGACAAACAGGCCUGUUUCUGAGUGCAUUAGCCUGUGGCACCUUCCGCAGAACCCGCACUACCGGCAGGACAGCUUCAGCUUGGAGGAGGACGCCGAAGUCCUGAAGCACCAGGGAGACUGGUCUGAGGUGUGCAAAACAGUCCGGCGCGCGCCCAUUUCGGUGUACAUGAGAUACCUGGAGCUGCAGAAGUCGCGGCCCACCUCUCUGUGGUCAAAGGACGAAGACGCGAUUCUAAAGUCGCUGGUCCAGAAAGAGGGAAAGGAAAGCUGGACGGAAAUUGCAGCCUACUUCAAAAACAAAACCCCAAAGCAGUGCAUGUACAGAUACAAGCGGGUUUUGAACCCAGAAAUAAAGCACGGCAAAUGGUCUGCCGAGGAGGAUGCAGCUUUGCUGGAGGCAGUGCAAAAGUGCAGAAAGGGGAACUGGAAGCAGGUGUGCAAGUAUCUGUCCAAGCGAACGCAGUUCCAGUGCAGGGAAAGGUAUGUGUACUACAUAGACCCGUCCAUAAAAACCGAGCCGUGGACGAAAGAGGAGGACGAAAGGCUUUUGCAGGCAGUGGCCCAGUCGGAGAAGCACGUAUGGAGCAAGAUUGCCAAAGGCCUUGAGGGCAGGAACGAUAGGCAGUGUCGGAUUCGCUACCACCGGAUAAUAAAAAAGGAGAGCGACCAAAAAAGAGAGGAAAAAAACAAAGAAAGCGAAUGUGAGACCUGA